AUGUGCGGAAUGUUUCGAUCACGUAAAUGCACUAUUCUCCUUGUUUUUGUCCUAUUUUUCGCCCUGAUUGGAAUUGCCCUACGAUUUUAUGAGAGAAGAGUGUUUAAUGUGAUAUCACCGCCUCAAGACACGGCAAAAAGGUAAAGAACACUAGUUAGUUUGCGAAUAUUAACACAUACGGUUGUUGGUGACCAUUCGUCUGGUCUGUAGAGGCCUUGAGGACUUACUGAAUAGAUUAAGAAGUUGAAAUUUGCGAUAAAAUCAUUUCAAUCAAGUUCGCUUCUGAAUACAACUAUUCACUAAAUUUUGAAAUAUUGAGGAGGCAUGGUUGUACAUCGUCACACUUGAAGUGAAAUAUCCCAGAUGAGCACUGAUUGUUUUGGAAGAAAAAUUUGCAUUUUUUGCCUUUAAGGCUUUGAAAUUGUCGUCUCUCUGCCAAUUAGUCAUGUUUCUAUAAAUACGUUGGGUGUUAAGUUGUUUCUAUUUCGAAAACACCUCACAAAUUCGUCUUCACAGCCACAAAUAACCCGGACCGAGAUCUGUGAGUGCAUCAAUCUGAUUAUUUCUUUGAACUUAGUUGAUAUAUGUUUUGAUUUUUGACAUUGUCAGGCUUAACAAAUAUAAUUUGGCUGAUGCUUGAGGAUAUUGCAUAUGAUGAAAUUUAACAGAGAGAGUUGUUAGAAAUACUGUCAAAAUUAGACAAGAAAUUGAUUUUUUAGCACUCAACAACACGGAUUAUUUUACUUGAGAGUUUUAAUAAUUUUCAGAAGUGUUCGUUUUCUUUUAAUUUGCCGCUUGUUUGUAGGAGGGCUUUCUUAUUCAUUCAGAGCCGAUCUAUUUAUAUCAACCGAAUAUACCGCAAAACAAGUAGAUUUUCAUCAGAUAUUCUACGGAUUUCUACUGACUCACUGUCAAUAAUACGUCUGUGUCAGGGAUUCCACGCUUAUAUUCACAUAUUUAGAACUAGGAUUGCGAUUCUGGUUGUUUUUUUUUUUUUUCACAAUUGUACAUGAACGUUUUCAUUUAACAACAUUGGUUUGGUAUAGCAGCUGUCUCUGUCACGCUAUAUAUUGUGACAAUCUGGCGUGACAUACAAAAUUCACCUCGGCUUCUCACAAGGGUGACAUUUCGAAAAAAUUUAACAAGCGACUGAUAUUCAGCAAUUAAUCUUGCCUGACGGAAGGUUAAGUUACUAAGGGAUGGUUAUGACAACAACUAGAAAGCUGUUACAUUUGCUUUGCCCCAUUGGUAAAUUGCUGAUAAUAAUGCACUGUCUUUACUCUUUCUAUUGGUUCAAAUUAGAGGCUCUCACAGAAAUAAGUUAACGCAAAAAAAAGGAUUUGAUACUUCCUGUUUAAAUUCCCCACCCCAGCUAGGUAAGGUUCAAAUUCCCAAACCCCGGGCACGGACGACGAUCAAAUUGAUCCAAUACCUGUAAAAGGGAAAGGGGAAUUUGAAAGCUUCGAAUUGAUAAAGAGAAUAAAUCCACCAUAAAAAUGGAGCUUUUAAUGUGGGGGGGAACUUUAUCUCAAGUCAUUUGUAGACUCUACAGAUCUGUUUUCUCGAAAGUAGUGACACAAAACCCUCGUGUGUAGCUUGGAUGUCUGUGAAGAAUAAAAGGAGCUGCCUGAGCUAAUUUCUCAAGAGAAAAUUUGGCUAUUUUCCAAUACUCCGAUGUGCUGCGCAAUAAAUCAAAAUAGAAAGAAUUAUCUUAGGUGGAGGGCCCAUGAAGGGGAUUCAGUCGUUGCAAUUAGUAUUUGGAAGAGGUUACUAUAGAGAUAAUGUCGACACAUGAACUUGUAAAAGAUUAUGCGUCGAUCACUUCGAAGCUUCUACAUCCCACCCCCGGGUAUUUGAACUUUUAAUGGUUGGUUCGUUCAAAUUCACGCUCCCUCAGACAAAAAUUGCGUUCAAAUGCACCGCCCAAGCACAAUUUUGUAAUAAACGAUUCUUUGAGUGAUAAACGAAUUUUGUAGAAUUUAGCAAAGUCACUUUAUAGUUUUCGGUGCCGCUGUUUGGUUUUUCACUUGUAAGCAUCAUUCUACCAUAUGAAAAUUUCUUCUAAGCCAUUUGCUAACGGAAGCGGACUUUAAACUCCUCUAAAUUUAAAAUUAAAACUUACGUCUUCCUCUGUCUCAAAUUCCCCACCCCACCGAGGCAAGGUUCAAAUUUCCCACCUCUGGGGCACCGACGACAGUCAAAUGCCCGUGGGUUACCUUGGGUGGAUGUUGAAGCUUCCAAUUGUUCGGCAUAUGGGGAUUUAAAAGCCUCAUGUAUACGGAAAGAAAAGUCUCUUAAUUAGAUUUUUUUUCUCUGUAUUAUAGGACUGGGCUAUGGCAACGAGUGCGGAUUGUUAGGUAAAAAAAUAGAAAUGUGCUGUUUGUGGUAAAAGUUUGAACUAAAAAGUCAAUAUUGCAAACUUUAAAUGACAACUCUGGGAGCCAGUUAGAGCAGACCACCUGAGAUCUAUACAUAGACAUUUUCCAAAAUGACAAGCAUUGUUGGGAAUAUUGUUGUGUCUAAAUUCUUUAGUUCUGCCCGUCGAUUAGAAGGUUUUUCUUUCUUUCAAUUCUUUCGUCAUGGUCUUUGGUAUUCCAGAUUACUCUUGCGCGAUUGAUUCGUCAUUCCGAGGCGAAAAAGACUAAGAUACUCUUUUGACCUAGUGAUGUUAAAUGAAAACACUUAGCAACACUCUAUCAAAUAUAAUAAAAGCGUUGUCAUGUUGACCUAAAAACGCUUCCGUUAAAAAGCAUAGUGCGUCAUUUUUACGGCACAUAUGAUCUGAUUACUGACAAAUUAAUAUGCUAAUUGCUAAUUUGUCUUUCCUCUACUUUCUUCAGUGUGCGAUGGCGUCUAGAGUUUUAGUUCCGAUUCGUCGGAGACCGUUUGCGUGCUUUCUUUAUAUAUCCCUGGUUCUUGGUUGGGCUUUGUAUUUUAGCGGAUGUGAAAGAGUACUUUCUUACGGAUUUGAGUAAGUGAACGUUAUAUUUUGUUUUUUGGACAAUAGACUAAGUGCGAAAUAUAUUUUAGACAAGUAUUACCGACACCGAUGGUUGUUGUGGUUGAGUUCUCGCAUUUUUGAACACAGAUUUUGUGUCACAAAUAAAGCCCGCAAGUUUUGAUCGAGACUGAGAAAGUCUUGAAAAUGACGCAGGCAACUCUGACCUACUCGUAAUGAAAUUGAUUUUACCAAACUUGCAUGAUUGACAUUCGUUGAUUCGCAGAAUAAAUGUAUUCACAAGGUAAGCGGAAACCAAUAUAUAUGUCCUGCGGAAAUAUUGAUCGGAAACGUGAUAUUUGCCUUCUCGUGUACAACGGUAUUUUGAUAUUUAACCGGCCACCUUGCUCAGUUCUCGGUGUAUUUAAUAAAAAAAUUAUAGCUCUUCUUACUGAUUAUAUUUUAAACAGUUCAUUUGAUCGCUAUUAUCACAACAGAAGUCAAUACUUUUUUGAGUUUUAUGAAAGGAUUGAUAUAAAAUCCCGUCAAAUGUGUGGUAAGGAAUUCAAGAUACUUGGAUGCAAGUUUAACUCAACAACGAUAUGGUUGCAAAAAUUAUCUUGACUAUCAAACCCAAACCAGGUUUAUUUUAGAAGUUCUUUGGAUAAAUGGAUGAGACAGCCGCUCAAAUCUGCUGAGAAAAACUUGAGCUAUGUGAUAUAAAACACAAUUGCUUAUUCACGACAUAUCGACCAACGGACGUGGUUCUCAUUUAAAUAUAAACGCAAAACAAUGUAGCAACUCAAGUUUUAGUGGUAUUGGAGUUUAAAUAUUAAUCUUCCAAUGCUGACAUUUAUUUAUCGUUUCAUCGAAGGUUACUUGAAAAAUAUAUGUGAACAGAAAAAUAAUAUAUUUUUCUAUUGCAAAUACAAAGAAUCACCUUUGUUUGAAUUUCUUAAUGUUACUAGUACUUGCUGUGAUAUUUGUGGUAAGUUGAUAUUAUGUUUGAAAGUCGCAGCAAGAAGAUCUGAAUAGACUGGCAAUUUUCUUUCAAACACAGACAUGACUUUUGUCACAAAAAGCAAUAUUCUUAACCCAGAAAAACAAAAAAAACCAAAAAAUUUAACUACAGAUGUUUCAAAGCGCUGCAGGGCGAAUACUAGAGUCAGAUUGGUUUUUGUUCAAUUAUGAAUUUAAAUUCACGAUUUUUUUCUUUGUCCUUUUAAAUACAGUUUUCUUAAUGUUAAUUUCCUUGUCGCAAGAGCCUUCGUUAUCUUUGUCCAGUGGAACGGACAUCGACACCUUGAAAUCUAAAUCGGAACCAGUCUUUUUAGGGUCCACUUUGACGGUGCGCAUCCCAAAAGAGUUUGUAAAGAUUGUCGCCUGAGCUUACGCACAAAGAGCAUAGAAGCCAUUUCCCUAAGAUCACGAACCUUUGGGUGGAAGUGUUAACUAACCAUAAACAUAAAAAGAGCCUGGAGUGAAAGUUUGGUAAGGAAAAGAGAUGCAAGAGUAAUCUUUUCCUUGCUGUCGUCGUUUUCGGUCUCUCUCAACGGAGCGCUAAGAAAACUAGGUGGUGUAGAAAAUUGGAAACGUGGUCAGUUAUUGUGCGUGCACUCGUGCUACCAUCUAUUAAGAGCCGAAGGGUCUCAGUGUUUAGAUAAGUGUGAAAGAGGCCUAAGAGCAAAGAGAUGUCAGCCAUACGUGUUAAACGCGCCCUUGGCUGUUUUUGUCGAGAUUUGCUGAAUAUCGUUAACUACAUGUACAGGAGCGCGAACACCUUGAAAUACCCGACGACUGAAAAGAGCUUAGGUUGAGAGCGCGCUGUUCAAGGCACAAAACUCAUUACUGUAGACUCCAUAUGCAUUGGAGAGACGGUGGCCUGACAAUUAGCACACUGGGUUCCGAGUGGAGUGGUUCGGGGUCAGGAUCAGGUUGGGUCAUUGUGUUGUGUGGAUAGUCAGGACGCUUUAUUUCCAUAUCGUUUCUCUCUUCCCACGGGUAAACGGUUACCGGCGAACCGUCAUGGUACCUUCGCGAAAUGCUAGGUAGUGGCCUAGCAAUAGUCGGGGUGUCGUCUGGAUUUUUUUUUAAGAGAAGGGGGGGGAGGUUCUCACACUGAGCCAAACAGAGGGUACUCACCAGAUUGUUGUGUCGACCUCCACGCUUUGCUUUUAUUAAUGUGAAGAAAAAGAUUUACAAAGGGGAGUUCACGGGCACCCCAGGACCUCCAUUAACUACGCUUUUGAUCUGUACUAUGAGCGAAUAAUAUGGUAGACAUCUUGAAUGUUGCAUUUGAAUAGUAACAUAUAUGAUUUUUUACUUUGAUAGGAAAACAAGAACUGAAAGCUUAAAGCCAGUGAGUGUUUGUGACUGUGACAAUGACUGCAAAGUUGACGAUUUUGUAAAUGAUUUGCUAUCUGAUGACACGCCGCCUCCACCGUGCAAGCCUGUGAAUAAUAUUUUAUUCCUGAAGACGCACAAAACUGGGUCCAGUACUGUGACCAACAUUUUAAAUCGCUAUGGCGACACGAGAGACUUAAUGUUUGCAUUGCCAAUUUCACGAUCACUUUAUAGUUUUUUCUGGCCUCGACCAUUUCAACUUAGGUUCACACAAGCAUUUGGUAGAGCACCAAACAUCCUCUGCAAUCAUGCAAGGUACAACAAAGUUCCCAUGAACUGGCUCUUCCCAAAGACAACAACACGCUACAUUACGCUUUUGAGGGAACCAACAGACCAUUUUGAGUCUGUCUUCAACUUUUUUCAUCUUGAUAAACGUCUCUUUAGAUCGAAAAACAAGGUCCUCCCAUUGCAAGCAUUUCUUCAAAAUGCCUCGUUUUAUCUUAAACAAGUGAAAAACAUUACAGGAUUGCUAACACUGACGAAGAAUCCGACUUUAUUUGAGCUGGGUCUCGAUACAAAAUAUCACGAAGAUUUGGACAUAGUGCGUAACUACAUUCGCUAUCUCCAACAUGAGUUCGACAUAGUAAUGCUGAUGGAACAUUUCGACGAGUCACUAAUACUUCUAAAACGACGUUUUUGUUGGAAAAUUGAGGACAUUCUCUAUUUUAAACUCAAUGAAAGAUUGCAAAAACACAAACAAGAAAUACCAAGUCUAGUAAAGGACCAAAUUAGACAUUGGAAUUCAGGCGAUGUGCUCUUGUACGAUGCUUUUAAUACAACACUCUGGGAGAUGAUCAAGGAAGAAGGUCCGGCCUUCUUUGAAGAUCUUUCACUAUUUCGAAGGGAGUUGAAAAAUAUUAAAACAAAAUGCCUGCGAGAGGGAAAUUUUCUAACCAAGCCGUAUUCUGGGAGAUUUGUACAGGGUUAUGCGGUACGACCAGAUGUCUCUGAAGAACUAAAUGAUACAUGCCACAAAAUGAUUACGAAUGAAAUUCCAUACCUAGACUAUCAUCGUGAUAAACUUGUAAAACUGUAUCAAACCAUUGAUAGAUCGGUUUACAGGCCUUUCAGUAUGUGAUAACAUCUUUAUUCGUGUUAUUCCAGUUAAUAAAGAAGUACGCCUCC